GUAGAACCCUUUCGUCUUCCUUCUCCUGCCCGCCGCGAAAUCCCCACCAAAGCAAAGGCUUCGGUUUCUAUCGCGGAGUUGAGAUCGAACCUAGUCUGCCGAGCAUCCAUGUCGAUCCGGAAGGCGCUGGGCGCGGUGAAGGACCAGGCGAGAAUCGGCAUCGCGAAGGUGGCCGUCUCCGGCGCGGAGCUGGACGUGGCCGCCGACGACCGGCACGCCCGCGAGGUGCUCCGCCUGACGUCCUCGCCGUCUUCCCGGGCGCGCGUCUCCGCCUGCGUCGCCGCCGUGUCCCGCCGCCUGGCGAGGACCCGCGACUACGUCGUCGCCGCCAAGUGCCUCGCCCUGCUCCACCGCCUCCUCGCCGACGGCGACCCGCACUUCCGCCACGAGCUCUCCGGCCAUGGCGUGCUCGGCGCCAUGGCCGCGGAGUUCCGGGACGAGGCGCACCCGGCGUCGUGGGACCACACGGCCUUCGUGCGCGCCUUGGCCCUCUACCUCGACGACCGCGCCCGCUUCCUCCUCUCCCUCCUCCCGCCGCCCCGCACCGUCCGCUUCGCCUCCCUCGACGGCCCCUCUUCUUCCCCGGCGCCGGCGGCGGACAUGGCGGCGAGGCCGGCGCACGAGAUGGACGCGGCCGCGCUCCUGGCGCGCGCGGGGCAGCUGCGGCAUCUGAUCGAGCGGUGCCUGGCGUGCCGGCCCGCGGGGGCCGCGAGGCGCAGCCGCGUCGUGCUGGCCGCGCUCUGGCCCGUGGUCAAGGACAGCGCGGCGCUCUACGCCGACAUGGCCGCCGUGCUGGCCGCGCUGCUCGACAGGUUCUUCGACAUGGAGGACUACGAGGACUGCGCCGAGGCCUUCGAGGCCCACGUCAGCGCCGCCAGGCUCGCCGACGGCCUGUUGGCUCUCUACGCCUGGUGCGACCACGCCGGCGUCGCAAGAUCGUCCGACCUGGAAUUCCCUGAGGUCAAGCGCGUCGAUGACAAGUUCCUCGAGACUCUGGAGCAGUUGUUGCGUGAGCGCGGCCAGGCAGAGGCAGCCCAGACGCCCUCGCCGCCGCCCGCAAACGCGCAUGUCAUGGACGGCAUCGAGCGCGACGUGAACGGCAUCAGGGCGCUCCCGGCGCCAGAGCAUUACAAACUUGCGCCUACGAAAGCUGCGGCUGCGGCGGUGGCACCCAUGGGGGAUGAACAGAUUCAGGAACAGGGUGAGCUUGUCGAUCUCAGGGAGUCAGCGGAGGAGCAGGGGAACAAGAUGGCAUUGGCGCUCUUCUCGGGGGAUCCACCGGCGCCGGAGACGAAGAACGGUGGCUGGGUGGCCUUCCCGUCGGAGGACGACGACGACGCGGCGGCGAUCACCGCCUCGGCGUGGCAGACGCCGGCGGCGGAGCCCGGGUGGGAGCUGGCGCUGGUGGAGACGGCCAGCACCCUGUCAACCCGCGGCACGGCGGCGCCGGGCGGCGGGAUGGACGCGCUGCUGCUGCAGGGGAUGUACGACCAUGGCGCUGCCGUGCGGCAACAACAGCAGCACGCGGCGUCCGGGAGCGCGAGCAGCGUUGUGCUUCCGGGAGCGGGCUUCCUGGCGCUGCCGGGCCCCGGCGUCCAUGGCGGCGGCGGCGACCCGUUCGCGGCGUCGCUGGCGGUGCCGCCGCCGGCGUACGUGCAGAUGGCGGAGAUGGAGCGGAAGCGGGAGCUGCUGGCGCAGGAGCAGAGGAUGUGGGCGCAGUACAGGCAGGGCGGGAUGCAGGGCCGGACGGGGCUCAACGGGGUCGCCGUCGGUGGUGGCGGGAGCGCCUUUGUGGCGAACUCCUCCAUGCCCAUGCCCAUGGCAGGGUACCACGGCGGCUACUACCACUACUAAUAGAAGUAGUUCAAGAAGAAGCAGGGGAAGCAGAAGCUAGCACCAUUUCCUCCUGUCUGUGAAUAAUGAUACUCUGCUCAUGAGAUCAUCAAGUGUUCAAAAUUAUCGUUAUUAUGAUUCGAGUUGACCUGGUAUUCUGAUCUUUCUCGCUGCAGUAAUCGAGAUCAAUCGGGUUUAGGAAUAGUAAAAGAGAUCGAUCGGGAAAGAUUGAGACUGAAAAUAUACAAUGCACAGAAUUGUGCUGAUAUCAAAUCUGUUAUCACCCCUUUCUGGUUUGUCCUGUGGGUGCUUGAUAGAUCGUCCUUGAUAUUUGGCAUUUGCUGGUGCAAGUUUCACAACACAUAUAUUUAAUCGUUCUUUUUUCUGGGGUCAGUA